GGAUGACCCGCACGCGCACAAAGAACAAAAAGGCUGAACGCCUAACGUCAACCGUCACGGUCGACUCUUCAAGCACUCCUGCAUCGUCUUCUCAGCCCACCAUCGCCUCCCUCCUAACCAAGGCACAGGAUCUCAUCAUCCAGACCGACUACGCACUCGCACACAAAUUCCUCGACCGAAUACUUGUACGAACAGAUGGAUCGACGCGGGAGGAACGUGCGCAGGCUCGCGAGAUGCUUGGUGUUGUCCUGCUAGAGGAGGGAAAGGUCGAUGAAGCCCGGCAGGCGUUUCAAGCGCUUCUUCCACCUUCGUCAGAUGCGUUACCAUCUCCGCCUGCUUCAGCACACCUCUACCUUGCGCAGCUUGCGGAAGAACCACAGCAGGCUCUAACCCACUACGAGACUGCAAUUGAGAUUCUAAAAGGACAGCUUAAGAACUCCACAUCACCUGCUAGGGAGGCUGGGGCAGAGGGAGAGGAUGCGGAUGCGGAGGUACGCGGAAACAUCGUGCGCGCGUACGUUGGUAUGGUCGAGGUGUGGAUGGAUCCCUCGUUAGACCUCUGCUUCGACCCAGCCGCGUCCUCGACAUGCGAUACCCUCCUCUCCGCUGCUCUCUCGUAUGACCCCAUUCACACCGAAGCCCUCCAAGCCCUCGCUUCCGUCCGCCUUUCCCAAUCGAACCCUCCAGGUGCGCGCACCGCUCUCCUCCGUGCCCUCUCGGCAUGGCACGCUCUUCCCGCUGCGGACCCGCGGGUUCCACCUCUGCCCGUCAAGCUCUCUCUAUCGAGACUACUGCUCGAGACAGGUAUGCUUCGGAAUGCCGUGGACGUCCUCAGUGGGUGCAUCGAAGCGGACGACGAGAACGUCGAGGGGUGGUACCUUCAGGGUUGGGCCUUCUGGCUCAUGGCCGAGCGCACAAAGGACGGCAAGGGUGUAGACGUAUUCGUCAAAGGUCCCAGUGAGGCCCGGAGCGAGGCGGAGGUAGAGGCGGCAGAGGCUGGGGAGGCGUUCGAGCAGGGGCUGGUUGGUGCUGGCGCGGAGGAAUGGGAGCAGCUAGGGUGGGAGGACCUCGCGAGGGAUGCAAGGGAUUGCUUGGAGACGUGCAAAGCGCUCCAUCGACGCCAAGAUGACCCUGACGCGCCACUGCUCGAGCACGCCAAUGAACUAAUCGCCGGGUUGGAAGCACUUGGCAUACAGCCGUCACCAAUCGACGGGUCUGAGGGUGGUGACGAUGAUGACGAGUGGGAAGAAGCGAGCGACGAUGAAGAUGGAGACGUCGAGAUGGGCGAAUGAUGACCGAUGUUAUGAU